AUGUCUUCCACGCCGCAGCCAUCGAGCCUGCCCGCUCCGCACGACCUGUCUCACUUCUUUUCUCGAACAACACAGCGUAGAGUACCCAGCCAGGUCAAGCGAUUCUAUAAGUACUUUUCGAUACCCGGCAUACAGAAUCUUGCAGGAGGUCUGCCCGCGCCGUCUUACUUUCCAUACGAUACACUUGAGGCUUCGGUCGCCUUGCCCGGCAGAUUCAAACCUACACCUACGAAACCCGUUGACCCUCCGACAGCUACAUCUAGCUCCAAGAGCCCCGAAGCUGCCAGAGUUCUUGUCCCGCAUGACUCCGCUGAGAAAGACCUCCUUCGCAAGAUCGACUUGACCACCGCCCUGCAGUAUGGCACAGCACAAGGAUACCCACCUCUCUACGGGUUCGUUCGAUCUUUUGUGCAGGCCAACAUGCAUCCGAACGUGCCUUAUCGGGGUUCCGCCGAGGUCAUUUUGACCUGCGGGUCGACUGACGGUUUCUCCAAGACUCUUGAAGCAUUUACCAAUAUAUGGGAUGAAGAACGAGACUGGAUUCGCGACCGUGAGGGUAUUCUCUGUGAGCAAUAUGCAUAUAUGAAUGCCAUACAAGCAGCAGCCCCAAGAGGUCUGAACGUUGUUCCUGUUGCUAUUGAUGACGAAGGCAUGCUUGCAGAAGGGCCCGGUGGCCUGGAAGAUGUGCUGAAGAACUGGGAUGUCUACCGAGGAAAACGCCCGCACCUGAUCUACACGGUGACGAUGGGUCAGAAUCCGACGUCGGGCGUCCUCUCCCUCAAGCGACGCAAAGCGAUAUACACCAUCUGCCAGAAGUACGACGUCUUGAUUUGCGAAGAUGAUCCAUACUGGUUUCUCCAAUAUCCAUCAGCUAACAAACUGUCCAUGAAAGCUCGCGGUGAGCCAGUUUCAGAGAACUAUCCCACCGAGCCAUACAACUACAACACCGCUUCAGGUCGCAAAUCUUCCGGAUUCCCGUUCUUGGACUCCCUUGUGCCUUCCUACUUAUCAGUGGACACGGACGGUCGUGUCAUUCGUCUUGACACAUUUUCAAAGUCCGUUGCCCCUGGCUGCCGAUUGGGAUGGAUUACUGCGCAGCCUGCUUUUGUGGAAGUGAUACAGCGAAUCACCGAGACAACGACGCAGCAACCGUCCGGCUUCGUACAAUCCAUGAUUGCAGAGCUACUCCAGGGACCAUCCGAUGUCUCCGGUGAUCCAGGCAGAGGCGGCUCCAAAGACGGAAGCGGCUGGAAGGUCGAUGGCUGGGUGCGCUGGUUGGAAGGCCUACGUGGCAACUACGAGCGCCGAAUGCAGGUCAUGUCGACCAUUCUCGAAGACGGCCGCUUUCUACUUCAGCACGCCACGAACAGCGAGGGUUUCGAAGUCGUGUCCAAGACCCAGCUCUUCGACUUCGCCUAUCCAAUGGGCGGCAUGUUCCUGUGGCUCCGUUGCCACUAUGAGACCCAUCCGUUAUGCUCGUCUCAUACGCGAGCAGGUAGCUUCUCUGGCCUGGAACUCUCACAAGCACUCUGGCUCUUCCUUACGAAGGAAAAGUACCGGGUCCUGGUGGCGCCCGGUGCAAUGUUCGCUCCUACUGCCGAGAUCCGAGAUGCUACCGCAUGGCAAUAUCAGAGGCUGUGCUUCGCCGCCGUUGACGAAGAUGUCGUCAAGACCAGCUCCGAGUCCUUCGUGCAAGGCAUUCGUCACUUCUGGGGGUUGAAUGCCGAAGAUGUCAAGGAAUUGCUCAGGGAAGUCCAGACACCCGACAUGCAGGUAUUACUGGAGGAUGGACAGGUAUGUACUCCGUUCGGUGGUCUGUGA